AUGACAUUUAGAACUCUUAAAAAAGAAGUGCACUUUUAGAGCCCGGAUGAUGCACUUUUUUAGUGGAAAUGAUGAUGACAAGUAUUUCUAGGCAAAACAAUGCACAAAUAGAUUUUUUUCACAUGCAUUGUGCCGUGCGAUUGACGUCAUUUGCGCAAAACAGUUUAGUAUUUAAAUUAGGACGAUACUACCCCUCUACAAUUCAUACACUACAUGGCUGAGUGCACUGUGCAUAGUGUGUUUAUAUGUCAUUUGGGACGCAGCUGAUGUCUCUUAUCCAUCUGCACUUCGAAUUUCUACCGGAAUAUACUACAAACUACGAUUUGGGACAUACUAAUUCUACCUUCGAAUACUAUUAAGAACGGAUAGUUUGCGGAUUGGGACGCAGCAUCUGUUUGGGAAUCGUUUUAAGACCGCGCACACGUUCGUCAUACACCGUUCGGUCUGCGCAGCGGCCCAAUGGGAGUCGAGCAUUACGCAGCCACAGUUACCACAUCCGGUAACUUAAAGCGUCCUUAGAUACCUCGCGCUUGUUGUGCACAACAGGAUGAAAAACAGCUCGUGUGAAGUUCACAGGCGUGGAGAUGAAAUGGAUGCAGCCGAGGGUCGUCUGGAGGUGAUUUCUCGGGUCAGUUAUGAGGGUCCAGAAUCCCUGCAGGAUCCAGAGAGGUUACAGGAAAACAUGGGAUGUCCAUCAGAGAAUCUGCCCUUGUGUCAGGUAAAUGUUGUAGUCGCUGUGGAUUACAUGGACAUCACCAAAGGCAGCCUGGAUGAUAUAUCUCGACCGGCCAGCAGUGAACGUUCUCAAGCCGGGAGUCGAGAGUCUUUCUCCGAGAUCAGGAGAGCGAGUCGAGACGGCCACAGAUCUCUGGAGGUCCUCAGCCCUGAUGUCAAGGAUACUACGCAGGUUCAGGAGAACACACGUGGCGUCGGCGAGUGUGCAGAACACGGUUCUGAUGAAGAUUCUGAUGAGGAAGACGAAGAUCCAGAGUUGAGAAAAGCCAUCAAGAAAAUGAAGAAACUGGACCGGAUUCUGGCUCGCAAACUGUCAGCGGAGAGACAGGUGAAGCAGAAAGGCAGGGAGCUUCAUCUCAGACUCUGGCAGGAGCUUCAGGCUGUCAGACAGAGUCCCGAGAGCAGCGAUGAGAUGGACAACACCAGACGCUUUCUCGCGCUGACCCCCGACAGCUCUCAGGAUUGCAGCGAGGAAGUGGAUUUUGUGCCUGUGUUUGGGACUGAAGUUCUCGAAGAUUCCAAUCCGAGAUGGCAGAAGGAAGAAAACACGUGUGACGUGCCUGAAGAGGGUCAGCAGGUGAUGGAAGAUCAGUCUCCAGACAGCAGACGGCACAGAGUUGCUCACGGCAAGCGCAGGCAAGACUUUGUCAAGAAAAAUAUUGAGUUGGCAGGUGUUGCAGGCACAUCGGUGCUCCUGACACAACACGAGAGAGAGAGACUAGAGGAACUACUGGAAGAUCUAGAGGAAGAUCAGAACAAUACAGAUUCAUCGAGUCACACACCAAAGACGGUCUCGUCUCUGUGUCUUGUGUCCGGUGAAGGUUUCACUCCCGAACCUUCUGAACUCGACAGUCUCCUCUAUAUUGACUCCAGACUGCAGCUGCUACUUCCUUUGAAGGACUUCCUGUCUGCGAGGAGCCCGCCGGCCGACUUCAGCUCCUCACCGAUGAGACUUCUGAGUUUGGAUGAGAUGAAGAUGGGAGACAGAGGAGAAAGAGUCCUGUUGGACGUGAGAGAGACACGAGAACAAGAUAGUCGUCUACGAGAAAUCAAACAGCAGCUGCAGGUCCUGGAGGAGACCGAUCUGAUUCAUUUGUCUGAUGAUCAGUUAAAGAAUCUUCUGCUGAAAUGUGAGGAAGAAAUGGUCCAGUCAUCUUCAGAUCUUUCGUCAGGACUGAUUUCUGCUCUGGACUCUCGCAACACAUCUCCGCUAGUCUUUUCUCCACCGCCGUCCAGCUCCAAUCUAUCCGACCUGCUGCCAGGAGCAGAGACUGACAACCAGAUUCCUUCAGACUGACCGCCGGGAAAAAGUCUUCGAUCUUCUGUUUUAUAUCUCGCAUUAGUUCAUAGUCUUGGCUUCCGUCCUUUAAAGUUGCACAACAUUUUUCAAACGGUCUGUUUGUGAUUUUGCCCUGAGCUGCGCGCCAGUGUCAUUAUCAGAAUCAGACUUGUGAAUCCGAUUCAAAGCUCCAAACGCUGAAAUAGUACGCACGAACAAAAUAAAAUGUUCCUUUUUAAAAUGAAA